UGAUGAUAUGCCUACUAUAAAGUUCUUUGACUUCAAAUCUCAAACUACUCCCACCUUGUAUAUGCAUAAACAAAACCAUAUUUAACAUCUUUUACACCUUUCAAUUAUCAGGAAUUUACAAGUUCCACUUUUUGACUUCUUUCUAAUUAUAGAAUACCCACUUUGCACGACUAUUCUUGGUAAACAGGGACCCAAUAGGCCGAUAAAUAUGUUCUUCGAGUUUCUGUAGUAAAUGAACAAACUCAGAGUCUAUAAUCUCUCAUAGAAAUUACAAAAAUACUAGAGGGUUGUUAGUGGUUUUUGAAUUAUAAUGAUCUUCUUUCUUCAUUUCUUCAUUUUUUGUAUUACUCAAGGUUUUGUUCUUGUUCAUGCACAGGUUCAAACAGGUUAUAUAAGCAUUGAUUGUGGAUCACCCGACAAUUUCAACUAUGUGGAUCUUGAUACGGGUAUAAGUUACACGUCAGAUGGAUCAUUUAUAUCCACAGGAGUCAACAAGAACAUAUCUUUACUAUACGCGUAUCCAAACAACCCAAUGCUUCCACAACCUCUUUCUGAUCUUAGAACCUUUCCUCAAGGGGACAAAAACUGUUACACAUUAAGACCAAAUGGAGGAAAAAGGAGUUUAAAUUUGAUUCGAGCCACUUUCAUGUAUGGAAAUUGGGAUGGAGAAAACAAACCACCAGAAUUCGAUCUUUUUCUUGAUGUGAAUCUUUGGUUAUCUGUUAAAUUCAAAAACAAUUCUCAUGUUGUCACUACAGAAAUCAUUAGUGUUGCUUUAGAAAACACUUUUAGUGUUUGUCUUGUGAAUAUAGGAAAAGGUACUCCUUUCAUAUCCGGAUUGGAGUUGAGACCCGUUGACCGGUCAAUUUACGAAAUUGACCCUGGGAUUUCGGGUUCUUUGGUUUUGUUUCAAAGAUUGGAUAUCGGGUUUUUAAAUGGGACAGGUCGAUAUGUAGAUGAUGUAUACGAUCGAAUUUGGUCUCCUUAUGUUUCGCCUUUGUGGGAUUCUUUGAGUACUUCUAUAGAGAUAGAUAUAAGUGGAAAUUACUAUCGUGCCCCUAGUGAAGUCAUGCAAACGGCUGCCACACCCAAAAAUGGAUCCGAGUCUUUGGAGUUUAGCUGGAACGUGUCCGAUGCUGAUACUGAUACUAACACUGACACUGGUACUAAUACUGGAGCAAAGUUUUAUGUUUAUAUGUACUUUGCUGACGUGGUGGUGUCGGGGAGGAACCAAACAAGAGAAUUUAAUGUUUCUUGGAAUGAAAAGCCACUUUUUGGAAAUGUGAAGCCUCGUGCUUAUUAUGCUUCUACAUUUUAUAAUUUGAAACCUUUAGUGGGAAAUGAGCACAAGAUUUCUAUUCGAAGAAGUGUUGGGGAAAAUCUUCCACCCAUUCUUAAUGCUAUCGAGAUUUUUAGGGUUCAAGAGUUUAAAGAAUUGGCCACAUUUAGUAAAGAUGUUAAUGCAAUAGAAAGUAUUAAAACAACAUAUAAAGUGAACAAAAAUUGGGUGGGAGAUCCUUGUGGCCCAAAGAAUUACUCUUGGGAAGGUGUUAGAUGCAACUACACUAAUUCAAAUCCUCCUCGAAUCAUAUCCAUAAAUCUUUCCACAAGUGAUUUAACGGGGCAAAUAGCUCCUUCCAUAGCGAAUCUUUCAUCACUUGAAACAUUGGAUCUAUCGAAUAAUAGUUUGACUGGUCAAAUACCCGAGUUUCUUGAAGACCUUUUAUUUUUAAAGUUCAUGGAUUUGAAGGGAAACCAAUUAUCUGGAUAUGUUCCUGAGUCUCUCUUGGAGAGAUCAAGGAAUGGAUUACUCACAUUAAGUGUGGACAACCGAAACAUUUGUGAUUCAUGCGAAAAUAAGAAGAGAAAUAUUAUAGUUCCAAUUGUUGCAUCAAUAUUAUCAUUUUUAGUCCUCUUACUUGUAUUCAUCAUUGCAUGGAGAAUUAGAAGCAAACAAAAAACUCAUAUAGGGAACAAAGCAAACACAAACGAAGAAGGAAGAGCUUUAGAGUCCAACAACAAGCAAUUUACAUAUGCUGAGGUGGCAAACAUGACUAAUAACUUUCAAACACCAAUUGGAAAGGGCGGAUUUGGAACUGUUUACCUUGGCCAAUUAAAAAAUGGCAACCAAGUUGCAGUGAAAUUACUCUCUGCAUCAUCAUCUCAAGGAUACAAAGAAUUCCAAAACGAGGCUGAGGUGUUAAUGAGAGUUCAUCAUAGGAAUUUGGCAUCUUUUGUUGGAUAUUCUCAUGAUGAUAAGAAAAUGGCGCUUGUUUAUGAGUACAUGGCUAAUGGAAACCUCAAAAAUUAUAUUUUAGAUAGAAGUGAUCAUCCAUUGAGUUGGGAAACGAGACUCAAAAUAGCAAUAGAUGCAGCACAAGGAUUGGAAUAUCUACACCAUGGUUGUAGGCCAGCUAUAAUUCAUAGAGAUGUGAAAUCAGCCAACAUUCUUCUUAGUGCAAAUUUGGAUGCAAAAAUAGCAGAUUUUGGUCUUUCAUUAGGUCUUCCAAAUGAUCAAACUACUUUCAUCUUCACAAAUGUUACUGGAACAACUGGAUAUCUUGAUCCAGAGUACAGAAAAUCCCACAACUUAAACGAAAAAAGUGAUGUAUAUAGUUUUGGAAUCGUUCUAUUCGAAUUGAUAACGGGUCGACCCGCGAUCAUAAAAACCAUGGAUCAUAUCCACAUUUUGCAAUAUGUUGGCCCGUAUCUUGCAAAGGGCGACACCACAAGCAUCAUAGAUGAACAAAUGGAAGGCGACUUUAACUUAGAUUCUGUGUGGAAAGCUAUUGAAGUUGCAGCUGUGUGCACACGAAAUGUGAGUAGCAAGAGGGUGACCAUGAAUGAGGUUUUGAUCGGAUUAAAAGAGUGUUUGGAUAUGGAGUUGACAUGUGGGCCGAGAAACGGGUCAACUUGUGGGAACAUGAAGAUAGGUGGGUUGAGAAUCGACUAUUCACCUGAGAUUUAUUCAAUGGAUUUUGAGGUCAUGACUGGACCCUCAGGGAGAUAGUGAAAAUAGUAUAAACGACUUGCAAUUUGAUUGUGUUGAGUGUGAAUAAAGACUACAUUUAUCCCCUAGAUCUAUAGAUAUAGACUUCAAAAGAACUGAUUUUAUCAUAUAAAAAGGUUUAAAGGCACAACUUGUUGCCCAUUUGUUUUCUCACUCUUUGUAUUGUGAUAACUAAUGAUCAUAAAUUAAUGAUCUUUAUGGGUUUAAAAAAAUAAAUAAAUGAGAAUGUGAUUUAAUUCGGUAAA